AGUUAAUUCUAUAAGAAGUACUCCCUAUUAGAAUGGCAUUCGUCGCUGAUCCCAAAAUCGCCGAGAAGUGGCCCUACUACCUAGCUGGCGAGCCGGUCUACGCCAACACUGAGCUGGGUGUAACUGACAAGUACACUGGUAACGUAGUGUGCCACGUCGCUGUCGCUCACGAGGCCGAGAUCGACAAGGCUAUUGAGAAGGCUCACUCUUCCGAGGAGAAGAUGGCUCAGAUGCCUGCUUAUCAGAGGAAGGCUGUCCUCAUGCACUGCGUCGCUGAGUUCCGCAAGCGCUUUGAUGAGCUCGCCUACUGCCUUUGCGUCGAAGCUGGCAAGCCUAUUGUUGAUGCCAGGGGAGAGGUAAAUCGUCUCAUUGAUACAUUCGAGCUUGCCGCCGAGGAGUGCACUCGUGUGUAUGGUGAAUGGUCCACCAUGGAGCUCUCAAGUCGCAACAAGGGUCUGCAGCAGAUCUACAAGCGCGUCCCCAAGGGAACUGUCUCAAUGAUCGCGCCCUUCAAUUUCCCUCUCAACCUUGCCGCUCAUAAGAUUGCCCCUGCUAUCGCUGCGGGUUGCCCCUUCGUCUUGAAGCCUGCUAGUGCCACUCCUCUCGGUGCCCUCAUCAUCGGUGAGAUCCUCUCCAAGUGUCCCGAUUUCCCCAACGAGGCCUUCUCGAUUCUUCCAUGCUCCAGGAACGGUGCCGACUUGUUCACCACUGAUGAGCGUUUCAAGCUCCUCUCGUUCACUGGCAGCCCCCAAGUCGGAUGGGACAUGAAGAGCAGAGCCGGAAAGAAGCCUGUUGUCUUGGAGCUCGGUGGCAACGCCGCCUGUGUUGUUGACUCCAUCCCUCAAGAAGGUUUGGACUAUCUCGUCAACCGCAUUGCCUUUGGUGCUUUUUACCAGUCCGGUCAGAGUUGCAUCUCUACUCAGCGACUGUACAUCCGCGACACCAUCUAUGAAGAGGUUAUGAAGGCCUUGACUGAAAAGGUCAAGUCUUUGAAGAUGGGAGACCCCAAGUUGGAGACCACCUUUGUUGGCCCUAUGAUCUCCGAAAAGGAGGCAUCUCGCUUGCACGGGUGGAUCGAGGAAGCGAAGAGCGUGAACUGCACUGUUCUUUGCGGUGGUGGUCGAAAUGGCUGCAUGGUUGAGCCUACCCUCCUGGCUGAUGUACCGAUUGACGCCACUGUGUGGAGAGAGGAAGCCUUCGGACCUCUUCUUUGCGCCACCAGAUUCAGUGACUUCAAGGACGUUAUCGAUGCUGUUAACGAUUCGAAGUACGGUAUUCACGCUGGUAUCUUCACCACGGAUAUGAACCGUGUCUUCUACGCGUGGGACAAUCUCGAGGUCGGUGGUGUUGUGAUCAACGACGUUCCCAGCAUCCGUGUGGAUGCUGAGCCCUAUGGCGGUGUUAAGGACUCGGGCGUCGGAAAGGAGGGUGUUCGUUAUGCUAUGGAGGAUAUGACGGAGAUUCGCACACUCCUGAUUAAGAAUGUUGGUUCAGUGGACAAGAUAUAAACAUGCCUAUCGGCACCCGCAACAAGAGCCUUCUCUGCUCUGUUUCCUUCACUUCAUGCUGAGCAGUUUUAAACACCUAGAGAAGCAGUUUAUUCUGCUGUGUAGCUGCUCACUUGGUCAACUUUUACGAGGAGAUACUCGCAACAUUCGUUUGAUUACAGCAACCAUACCCUCUAUUAACGAU